UACAAUUAAUAUGGCCGAGGAAAUGAAAGAAAGGCCUCUAAAUCUAGCUUUAAUUAUCUCAUCUUCAGUCUCACUUUUUCUUUUCAUUUUUUCUUAGCUCUAGUUUUCUAGGAAUCCAAACGGAAAAUUCUGUGGCAAAGAGCGCUAAAAGAAGAAAAGGGGUUAAAAAAAUAAAAAGGUUCCUAAAAAAUAUAACGUGUUGAAGAGCGUACCAGAAGCAGUGAAAACCCUAGGAUCGCGGAGGGUUGAAGCGUCAGAGCUGACAUGAUAGACCGGAGAUGUACGCGAUCACAUCUUUUAUUUGUUGGUUUUGGACCCACCGCUUGGAAAAAUUUCCAUGAGAGGAACGACAAGUCGUUCGUAGUUCUGAUAGAUUCAGAGUCCUGGUCCAAACUGUCCAGCCACUGGUAAUGAAGAAACAAAUACGGGAAAAUUAAACUGAAUCCCUUAUGAAUUCGAGGAUCUGCCAUUCUGUCAGCGAGUAAUUUUGAUAAAGUCCAUGAGUUUGGAUGCUGAAGUUGGAACAGUUGAUAGUUCUGCCAAAAGAAAUUUGGUUGCAAGUGAAGAAGGUCCAAUUCUAGAACCAUGUGUUGGCAUGGAGUUUGAAUCAGAAGAGGCUGCCAAGCAGUUUUACGAUGAGUAUGCAAGAAGGGCAGGAUUCAUAAUGCGGAUUGAUCAAUGCCGGCGUUCUGAGGUUGACAAGAGAAUACUGUCCCGUCGACUUUCUUGUAAUAGACAAGGUUUUUAUGCUAAAGCUAGAGACAAGUUUGGACCAGUUAGGAAACCAAGAGCUAGCAUGAGAGAAGGUUGCAAAGCAAUGAUGUUGGUGAAGAUUAAUAAAUCAGGAAAAUGGGUGGUCACAAGAUUCGAAAAGGACCAUACACAUUCUUUAGUUGUUUCCGAUCGUCCUUCUCGAAAUUCUAUGGACACCAAGGAUAGGAGGAUUCAGGAACUAACUACAGAGUUAAAGCGUCAAGAUCGACUAUGUGAACUAUACAGGGGAUUGCUAAAUAGUUUUUUGGAAAAUGUUGAGGAGCAUACUGAACUAUUAUCAGCAAAAAUCGAGGUUGCUGUUAAUAAUGUAAAAGAAAUUGAGACUGAAGUUCAAUAGUUUUAUAAGAUGUCAGUAGCCUAGGUCAUUAUAAAGGACUAGAGGUUAUGUUUUCUUGUAACUGUAUUGUGAGGAUGACCAAAGUUCUACUUUUGGUUACUCAAAACCUUAAAAAGUGGUUCAUGUAAAAUUGGGUUUGGUUCACUUAGUUGGCAUAGGGUCAAAUCAACAUACAGAGACUCUGGAGGUUGUCUUUUUCUUGUAAGUUGGAAUUUGUAUAUGAGUUGUCUUGUAUGAGAUGAAGAUUUUAUACAAAA